AUGGGCAACCAAAGUCUAACAUACAAUCUGACAUGGAGAUUUCCUGUUGAUUCUGGGUUUUAUUAUCUUCUCAGACUCCAUUUCUGCGAGAUUCAAUUGGAGGUGACCUUGGAGAACCAAAGGGUUUUUAUAAUAUACAUCAACAAUCAAACGGCACAGAGAGGAGCAGAUGUUAUCCAGUGGAGUGGUGGCACUGGAAUCCCGGUGUUCAAAGACUACGUCAUCAUGGUCACCGACCCAGAUGGUCGCCGGAGCAAGCAAGACUUGUGGCUCGCUAUGUACCCUGAGCUCGACUUUAAACCUCAGUACGCUGAUGCUAUAUUGAAUGGUUUAGAAAUCUUCAAAUUGAGUGGAACAGACGACAGUCUCGCCGGGGCAAACCCUGAACUUGUACUCAGUCCACCGCCAGGACCAUUCCCAUUGUCACCGCAGAAGAAGAACAAUAAAAAAACAUCUACUUUGCCGGUUAUUAUCGGUAGCGUAGUCGGAGGAGGGUCUGUUCUGGUCUUUAUCUUAGGUUUCUUGAUUGUCCGACGACGGAGGAGAGUGAAAGACUUGGGCUCAACACAGCCCAAGUCGUCGUGGGUCCCCUUAUCUGACGGUUCAAAGUCCACAAAAACCAGCGGUUCAUCACUACCGUCUGAUCUAUGUAGACGCUUUUCACUUGAGGAGAUCACAUCAGCUACAUGCAACUUCGAUGACAAUUUUGUCAUCGGGGCAGGGGGAUUUGGUAACGUGUAUAAGGGCCACAUCGACAACGGUGCAACCACUGUUGCGAUCAAACGAUUGAACCCAUCAUCAAAUCAAGGGAUCCACGAGUUCCAAACAGAGAUCGGUAUGCUAUCAAAGUUACGCCACCUCCAUUUGGUGUCGUUGAUCGGUUAUUGCAAUGACAACCGUGAGAUGAUUUUGGUGUAUGAUUAUAUGGCCCAUGGAACCCUUCGUGAUCAUCUUUACAAAUCGAAGAAACAACACCUUCCGUGGAAGCAACGCCUUCAGAUUUGCAUUGGUGCAGCAAGGGGACUGCAUUAUCUCCACACAGGUGCAACACGCACAAUCAUUCACCGUGAUGUGAAAUCCACCAACAUUUUAUUGGAUGAGAAAUGGGUAGCUAAGGUUUCUGAUUUCGGGUUAUCCAAAUUGGGUCCCAAGGAUGUGGGUCAUAGCCAUGUCAGUACAGUGGUGAAGGGUAGUUUCGGGUAUGUUGAUCCAGAAUAUUAUAAACGACAACAAUUGACAGAAAAAUCUGAUGUGUACUCAUUUGGGGUUGUUUUAUUUGAGGUUUUGUGUGCUAGACCAGCUAUAAUUCCAAAUUUUCCCAAGGAGCAAGUGAGUUUGGCUGAGUGGGCCCGAAAUUCUUAUAGAAAAGGGACCCUUGAUCGGAUUAUUGAUACUAAUCUAAAGGGUGAGAUUGCGCCAGAGUGUUUGAGGAAGUUUGGCGAAGUAGGUGAAAGUUGCUUGCGUGAUAAUGGGAUCGAUCGUCCAGGAAUGAAUGAUGUUGUGUGGGGCCUUGAAUUUGCUCUGCAACUUCAAGAGGCUGCUGAGAAGAUGGCUCACGGUGGUGGUUGGUUGCUCCCGGCGGCGUUGGCCAGUCCCUCUGUUCCUCUUCUACAUGGAGAGGCAACGACCACCGAUGAUGAUGAAGUAUUUACUGCGUCAGUCGAAAACAUGUCAAGAUCAACGGUCAGCAGUGAGAGAUUGAAGUCGGAGACUGUGUUCUCCGAGAUCUUGAAUCCCGUUGGACGUUGA